AGAGGCGGGUAAGAGCAAGACAUGAGGGGGAAAUAGCACAAAUUGAUAAAUUUCUCUAGACUAAUUCAUAACCGUUUGUGCCUUUCUCUUUUAUUAUACUGUCUAAUGAAAGGUUAAAUGUUUGAUGAAUAAACAGUAGGCUCUCUCCCUCUCCCUCGGAUGAUGGCCAGGUUUUGUUCAAUUGAAACCUUUUUAAUGAGAAAGGUACUUAGGUUUGUUUGUUUUUGUAGAUUUAUAAAACCUAUCCCAGCACAGCUUUGAUUGAUUGAUAACUUCGAUUCAGAACUUUUUCUUCUUUUUCUUUUAUUCAAUUCAAUUAUAUCAAAAUAUGUUAAUUGACAUUGUGCCACAGUUUCAGUGGAAGGAAUGCAGAGGAGUCAGACCGCAUCUGUGCAAACUGCUACAAAGUGAACAAAAGAUACUGAAGGCAACAUGAAGUGGUGACUGUUAGAAGGCUGAAGGGGGGUGGAGUUUUUUGGCCAGCGGCUGCCAGAACUUGUUGGGAUGUCGAAGGAGGACUUUCACAGAUCACACAGACUAUCUUUGGAUAAAACGAGUGAGGGAUUGUGGGCCGCCUGGGCCUAGGUGGCAUCAGGUAGAAAAGCGGCUGAUUAAUUUUUGGUCUAUGAACCCAUUUGUAGAUAUACAUUUUGUUGUUGUAAUUUGACUUUAAUAAAAGUGUAACACAAUAGCCAUCAGUCACACUUGAAUUUUUUGUUUCUGUUUUUCUCUUUUUCCUCACAUAGGGCAAUCAACUGAGACAACAUACAUCUAGGUGCAACUGUUUAACCUCAUUCACAAACUUACAAACUUAUAUCUGAUUUGUCACAUCUUUCAACCUGCAGAGCAUCAAACCUUCUCACCAUGUCCAUCCAGCCCACACAAAGCUACUCUGUAGAUGCCUAUAUGUCCCUGACGAGAGGCCUGAGAGAGCUGGACUUCCGGGGCCCCUGUGUUCCAAGUAACCUGCUUCUGACUGGAGACCAUGCCUUUCCUUUAGCAAUGAACAGCCAAGGCCAGGUCCUGAUGGCAGCCUCUCUGUAUGGAAAAGGAAGGAUCGUGGUCCUGAGUCACGAGAGCCAACUGACCACCUUUCCUGCUCUGGUAGAGAAUGCUCUGACCUGGCUGAGAGGAGAUGGAUCAGACAACUUGUCUGUUGGGGUUCACAAAAACAUCCAGGCAGUUGCUGAUAACCUCAGCAAAUCCAUCUUCCAAACUGAAGUUGUGGAGGCCUUUAGUGACAACCUGAGGGUCGGUGUGUAUGUGGCUGAUGCCUACAGUGUUGGUACAGAUGUGAGAGACCUGGUGGCAUUUAUGAAAGCUGGAGGAGGAGUGCUGAUAGCAGGUCAGGCAUGGCACUGGGCUCAUACACACCCUAAGGAAAACACACUGCUUCAGUUUGUGGGAAACAAAGUUUCUGGUGUAGCAGGGAUCUACUUUUCUGAGCAUCAUGGUGCGGUAGAGUGUCUGCCUGUCUACCCUCAGUUCCCGUCUUCCUGGAUGGCUCAAGUAAUCACUACGAAUUUUGAGGAUGACCUGGAGUUCUUACUCCAAGGGGUUUCAGAGUUUGACCUCCAGGGUGGUUCAUUAUCUUCUGAGGUUCUGGUCCAUGGCCCACUAGCCUUUCCCAUUGGUACCACAGAUGAUGGACGGGCGUUCUUGGCAGGAGGCUAUUAUGGGCAGGGACGAGUGAUUGUGGUUACACAUGAAGGAUUUCUGGGACGAGAGACACUGGCUCCAUUUUGGAUCAAUGCCAUUCAGUGGUUGGAUCAAGGCCGGCAGGGGGUCAUUGGUGUAGUGCCAGAUCACGCACUCAAAGUUCUCAGCAGGUCGGGGCUACAGUGUAACAAGACAAACUUCAGUGAAGACCUGAGUGUAUUUGUGUGCACAGCGUACAGCGCUGAUCGUGCACAGGAAAUCCAAGACUUUGUGGCAGAGGGAGGAGGCCUGCUGAUUGGUGGACAUGCCUGGUACUGGGCACAGACUCACCCCGGGCAAAACCCAAUGACAGAUUUCUCAGGAAACAAGAUCCUGAAUAAAAUGGGCUUGAGUCUGUUGAAGGCAACAAUCGGUGGAGGUUUAUACAAGGCCCCUGUGCCCAGCCAGGCCCUCAAUGACACCUACCACUUCCGUCAUCUUCUACACCGCUUUGCUGACCAUGUAACCCAGGGAGAAAAACUUAAUGAGAAGGAGGAGGAAUGCCUUAAAAGGCUGGGCAAUGACUGUGCCAACUACUUGCAUAUGAUGGCUCAUGACUGCUGCACCUAUACACAGGUGGUGUCCACCCUCAGUGACAUCUUAAUGAGAUCAGGCAUGCCACAGGUGUGUGAAAACUGUCCUGUGAAGAGCCCUGAAGAUCACCUUCUGCUCAGUGUGGGGGCAGAGGUGUAUAAGGUUUGCCCAGAUCCUGAUGUUCUCCUCCCCUACCUCAUCAAGGAUAACUCCUUGCUGCCAGUUGUAUACAACCACAGAAUCAAGAUUAAUGUGAACACUGCAGAGGGUGAAGAGUUGAUCAGUACAGGUCUUUACCUCUCUCCUGGUAUGAAGACCUACAUGGCUAUACCAGCAGAGAUUGUCAACAAGGGAUGGAAGAUCCAGAUUGGCUGUCAGACAGACCAUCUCAGUGCUGCAGAGCUGAAGAGAGCACCCUGUGUUUAUGAGCGAUUUCCUGUUACCUCAGAGAUGAUGCAGGUGUGGAACCUGUGGGGGGGACUCAUCUACCUGGUGUCCCCACCCAAGACCCAAGUAGAGGGUGCAGAGGUCAUAGUGCAGAUGGCUGUACCUGCACCAUAUUAUAAAUCUGGUGUGACAACAGAAGCUGAUUGGUCAUCGCUGCGCACAGCUCCGUCACCCUGGGCAGAGUUGGAGUUUGACAACAUCAUCCUAACUGUACCAUCAGAUGUGGUUCGGGACCUGGAGCGCCCUGAUGAGCUGGCGGCGCUCUGGAAUGACAUGAUGAAGGGCAUUGCUGACCUUGCUUCCAUACCACAUAAAUUUCCCCGUAAAGAACGCUUUGUAACUGAUGUGCAGAUUUCCCACGGUUGGAUGCAUGCAGGUUAUCCUAUCAUGGCACACAAGCCCACAGCAGCUGAUCUGGUCAACAUAAACCAUAUUCGAAGUGAAGGCCUGUGGGGUCCCAUCCAUGAACUGGGACACAACCAACAGAGAAGCUGCUGGGAGUUCCCAUCCCACACCACAGAGUGUACAUGUAACCUGUGGUCAGUGUAUGUACACGAAGAGGUGCUGGGGAUCAACAGAGCCAAGGCUCAUUCAGCCAUGACUUUAGCAAAUAGAAACAGUCGAGCCAAGAAGUAUGCUGAGGGGGGCAGGAACCUCAGCAGCUGGAAUGUGUGGGUGGCCCUGGAGACAUAUAUGCAGCUCCAGGACAAGUUUGGCUGGGAUGCCUUUAAGAAGGUGUUUGCUGCCUACCACAAGAUGAGCAACUUUCCCAAAGACAACAAAGGAAAGAUGAACCUGUAUGCUGAGACUUUCUCCCAGACUGUGGGGAUGAACCUGGCUGGAUUCUUUAAGGCUUGGGGUUGGCCCAUCGAAUCAGCCACUGAAGAGAAACUCUCCAACCUGCCUCCCUGGAGAGACCACCCCAUGGUCCAGUAUGGUUGAACUUCAGGAACAGCUGCUGAUUAAAAGGGCAGUGAGAUGGAGUUACUGAGUAGCAGCUUCUUGACGUAAACUAUUCAGAAGGGAAUUCUAUUAACUGACUUUCUUUUCCUUUUUGUUGUUUUUGUAUUUUUGCCAUUUUCACUGAAAUACACUACAUAGACAAAAGUAUUUAAGUAAGUAAGUAAAAGGACACCUGAUUACGGUGGUUAGAGGGGGAAACACACGAGGUGGACAGUUGUUAAAUACUUCAAAAUCAAAAUACGAGGACCAAGAGGCAUUGUAUGAACACUGGGGCUGUGCAUUGUGAGGAAAUUCACAGGGAAAUAAUAAGAAAACAAAGUUUUGGUUCAGCAUGAUAACAGCACUAACACUUUUAAGCUCAUGAGGCGCUCGUUGGAUUUUGUCAAUUAGCUGCCCCAAAAAAUGUUCAAAUCUGGCCUGUUUAAUCACCUGAGUAAUCAAUGAUUUACCUCUCAGAAGACUGACUUUCUUUUUGUUGUUGUUCUUGUGUUACCAUUUACAUACAUACCAUACAUUUUAUUUUACCACAUUAAUUGCAUUAUUUUAAAGGGGAAGCAGAAGUUGUAUACUUGGACUUACAUUUUGAAAAUGCGGAAUUCUUUUACUCAAAAGUACGGCAUCAUUAUCUCUGUAGCAGAACACUCCCUUAUGUAGCCACUUUAUAUCUGCUUUUAGACCAUUGCUUCACUCCACUUGUCUCAGUUCCUGUGCUGUAUUAAGGAGAUAUUUAAUUACAGGGUAGCAGUUGAGGUCAUUUAUAUGUGGUUUUCGGCAGGCUAAUAACACUGACUCUCUGAAAGAUUUGUGUAUGUUUCUUAGUUUUUCCUCGCCACUGUCGCCAAAUGCUAACUCAGUGUGGGGCUUUGCCCUGGGACCUGUUUCUCUCUGAUUCUCUUCUUUUUUUGAAUGUGCUGCUUACACACCUGUAAAGUGUCUAUACAUCAUUUGCUCUUCUGCCUUUAGUACCAUGGGUAACAGCAAGUCAAACCAGAUAUAUAAGCACAUAUAUUGUAUAUUCAAUUUCUUUAAUUUUACUAAUCUGUCAAUGGAAAAAACACGAAUAAACAUUUACUUCAUUCUUCUGGUA